AUGAAUAUCAAACAUCGAUCAAUUAACCUUCAACAACUACAAAUAAAAGGUAUGACAAAGAACUAUGUGAGCUUUGUUCCUUCGGGAUAUGUAGGCAGCUUAGCAUUCCUUUGGGAUAUGAGCAAAAAUAAGAAUGAAACUGAUGGUCCAACCAGCCCAACCCGAGAGUUGGAACCACCGGAACCGCCUCCUGAACCAUCAAGGAACCGUUUUGGAACCGCUUGGAACCCAAAACGUUCAAAUCAGUAUCCAAAUGGAACCAGAACCAGAUUUUUCACAUUCCUCGAAAUAUUUGAACUUGAUGUCCUUCCUAUUUUGUUUGGUCAAAAGCAAGUCGAUACCGAGAACGACAUCAAACUCGAUCAUUGGAAAUUUGUCAAGGUCAACUUGUAUUUCACAGACAAAAGAUCCAAACACAACCAAAUGAAUGCAUUAUUUCGUAGAACAAACUAUGUUUUUUAUAUUAAAGCAAACUAUAGUCCUACAAGGAUUUUCAGUAGUUGGCUAGCGAGUGAUGUGCACAUUAGAGACCAUCAUGAUUACAUUCAUCUGCUGAAAAACUGUUGGACUAGAAAUACUUUGAAAGAAAUUCAUGCCCAGAUUAUCAUUGGUGGUUACGAGCAAAACAUAUUUGUUGCUACUAGACUAAUCGAUAAAUACAUUAAUGUAUCUACAAGUUCAAGUAUGGAAGAUGCACAGAAGGUGUUCGAUAUAUUGCUUGAAAGAGAUAAUUUCUUAUGGAAUUUGCUUUUACAGGGGUAUUCAAAGUAUGGGCCUUUAAACAGUGCAUUGAGAUCCUUUAUUCAAAUGCGGGUUUCUGGUUUUCCAUUGGAUGAAUAUACAUUUCCGUUCAUGUUAAAAGCGUGUGGUGGAGCAAAUGAAAUUAAAAUGGGUAUGGCGAUUCAUGGGCAAACAAUAAAAUCUGGCUACGCUUCUGAUCUAUUUGUGGGUAAUGCACUUGUAGCUUUCUAUGGGAAAUGUCAACAAGUUAGUUCAUCUAGGAAGGUUUUUGAUGAAAUGCCACAAAAAGAUAUUGUUAGUUGGAACUCAAUGAUCUCGGUUUAUGUGACUAAUGAUCUUCCUUGUGAGGCUCUUAAACUGUUUCAUCUAAUUCUGAAUGUCGAAACAGUUUCACCUGAUAGAGCUACAUUGGUGAGUAUUCUUCCGGCUUGUGCUCAACUGUCAGCUGUUAAAGAAGGGCUGUGCAUUCAUUCCUGCAUCGUAAAAUCCUGUAUGAAACUCGACGCUGUCUUAGGUAGCGGUCUUAUAUCACUGUAUGCAAAUAUUGGGCGAUUAAAGACUGCAAAAUUGAUAUUCGAUCGAGUCCCUGAUAAGAACAUUGUGAUUUGGAAUACGAUGAUUAAAGCGUAUGGAACACAUGGCCAUGCGGAUGAGGCUCUCAAGUUGUUUUACCAACUUGUUGAUGCUGGAUUAAGCCCAGAUGACAUGAUAUUUUUGUGUUUACUGUCAGCGUGUAGUCAUGCAGGGAUGAUUUCAGAAGGUUUGUCUCUGUUCAAGAAGAUGGAAAAAUACGGAGUUAAAAGAAAUCACUUACAUUAUGCUUGUGUAGUUGAUUUAUACAGUCGUGCAGGACUAAUAGACAAAGCACUCGAAAUUGUUAGGACUAUGCCUGUACAGGCGGAGAAGGAUGCUUACGGUGCCUUGCUCGGUGCUUGUAGGAUACAUAAUAAUAUUGAAAUUGCAGAAAUAGCUGUGAAAAAGCUGUUCGAGUUGGACCCUGAAAAUGCUGGGCGAUAUCUUAUAUUGAUCAAGAUGUAUGAAGAUGCAGGUCGGGUUGAGGAUGCUGCUAGAUUAAGAAAAAUGAUGAGAGACAAGAAGAUUCAAAGGCCAGUGGGAUGUAGUGCAAUCGAAAUCGAUUUUACGCUCCACAAAUUUGGUGCAGGAGAUGUAUCUCAUCCUCUCAUGGAGCAAAUCUUUGAUACAUUACAUGAGUUGGAGAUGUUGGUGGAUGAACAAAUUUAUGCUGAUCAAUUCAUAUUGAAUGAGUAA